AUGUCUGAAGUCGAGAAUGCAAGUCCGCCAACCAUGGCGCCAGCCAUUGAAGCUUCGGAGGAAAACUCAACAGCUCUAGCUACGAUAAACAAUGAAACAGGCGCACCCGCUGAGCGCAAAGUUAAGAAAAUCAUACGUCGAAAAAAGCGUCCAGCGCGUCCCCAAGUUGAUCCCUCAACGAUAAAGAGCGAACCUCCUCCACAAACUGGUACUAUUUUCAAUAUCUGGUAUAACAAAUGGUCUGGUGGUGAUCGGGAAGACAAAUAUUUAUCAAAAACUGCUGCGGCGGGACGUUGCAACAUCGCAAAUGAUACUGGAUAUACUAAAGCCGACAAAGUGACGGGCAGUUAUUUCUGUUUAUUUUUUGCACGAGGAAUUUGUCCAAAAGGUCAGGAAUGUGAAUAUCUACAUCGUUUGCCAGGUAUUCAUGAUAUGUUCAAUCCGAAUGUGGAUGUAUUUGGUCGGGACAAACAUUCGGAUUAUAGAGAUGAUAUGGGAGGCACAGGAAGUUUCAUGAGGCAAAAUAGAACAAUUUAUGUGGGAAGGAUACAUGUCAGCGAUGAUAUUGAAGAAAUUGUUGCGCGACAUUUUGCAGAAUGGGGCCAGGUUGAGAGAAUCCGGGUUCUGAAUACAAGAGGUGUAGCUUUUAUCACAUAUUCAAAUGAGGCAAAUGCACAAUUUGCGAAAGAAGCAAUGGCACAUCAAUCUUUAGAUCAUAACGAAAUCUUGAACGUAAGAUGGGCGACGGCAGAUCCGAAUCCGAUGGCGCAGGCGCGAGAGGUACGAAGGAUAGAGGAGCAAGCUGCGGAAGCUGUUCGGAGGGCUUUACCUGCGGAAUUUGUGGCUGAGAUAGAGGGAAGGGAUCCAGAAGCACGAAAACGCAAGAGAAUAGAAGGAGGUUUUGGACUGGCAGGGUAUGAAGCGCCUGAUGACGUUUAUUUUGCUAGGGGUGCCAAUGCUGUAAACCCAGUUGGCAGACAAGGACUAGAGUUAGAAGAGGAGCAAAGACUCAUGCUCGAAUCGGAUAUCUAUGAGCAGACGGAACAGAAAGAGGAGAGUGGAGGUAUAUUUUCCAGUAGUACUCUUGCAGCAUUAGAAAGUGCCAAAGGGUCAAUCGCAACGAAGCCAAAACCGAAAGCACCCGCGGGACCAUUGGUAGCUUAUGAUAGCGAUAGUGAUUAG